AUGAGCGACUCCGACGACAGCGGCAGCACGCCGGGCAUCCCGUCAUGGCAGCGCGACCAAAAGAAAGAACCCGAACUCGAGCCGGAGACCACCACCUCGGAGGAUACGAAGCAGGACGAUGCCCCCUCCCGCGAGGACAGCCUCGAAGUCGCCCGCAAGUUCCUGCAGGAUGACGAGAUCAAGGACGCGCCGAGGGAAGCAAAGGAGACUUUCCUUAAGACAAAGGGAAUCUCGCCAGAGGAUAUAAAGCAGCUGUUGGGUAGCUCGGCAUCUGAGCCGGCGCAAGAGACCACUCAAUCAGAACAGGCACCGCCAAGCUCAAGCCAAGUAACGACAACAUCACCAACACCAUCACAGACACCCUCACCCUCACCACAACCACCGCAAACCGAAAUCUCCCUCCCCCGCCAAACAGACCAACCCCCCGUGAUAACCUACCCCGAAUUCCUCACAAAACCAACCCGCCCCCCGCCGCUCGUCACCGCAAACGGCAUCCUCAACACCCUCUACGCCUUCGCCGGCAUCUCCACCCUCCUCUACGGCACGAGCAAGUACCUCGUCCAACCCAUGGUCGAAAACCUCACCGAAGCCCGCUACGACCUCCACGAGACAACCUCCCAGAACCUGACCAAGAUGAUCGAGAAGCUCGAGGGCACCGUCUCCGAGAUCCCCGCCCCCAAGAAAUCUGCGGCAGUAGUAGAGAACAAGGACAUACCAGACGACGACGCAAGCAGCGCCGACGACCCGACCGAAAUGUUCCACCGCGACAUCGGCACGCAGACCUCGAUCCCCUCCACACCCUCCUUGACAACCUGGAGAGAGACCAACAACAACGCCAACAGCAGCGACAAGGACAAGUCCGCAACAGACAGACAGGCCGACAAGCUAACCUGGUUCAAGAACCAAGCCGCCUGGCUCAAGACCACAGUCGUAGGCGACGCCGACGACGUGGCGGACCUAAAGGCCAAGAUGGACGUGCUCAAGGACGACCUCGUGCAGCUCGCGUACCCGAGCCCGUCGGACUACGCAGGGGGCAGCAGCUACGCGCUGUACGGCGGCCCGCGCAAGAACGAGCCCGAGGACGAGAUCAAGAAGGCGAGGGACAAUAUUCGGAGGGUCAAGGGGGUGUUGCUUAGCACGAGGAACUUCCCUGCUUCUGCGAGGUGA